AUGAGACUGGCCGCGUAUGCUGGGGCCUCAGUGGUCCUAGCCACUGGUGUGUUUCUGAAAGCUCUUCAUCAGAGGUCCAAUUUCUAUUCGGCAUGCGUUUAUCUCUCUCAGAGUAGUGCGAAUCUUAUGAUCCUCACGAAUUUAUGUCUUCUCGUCACCGGUUUCGUACUAUUCUGGCUCCAGCGACUUCUCUACGGACCCUUGCGACCAAUCGAGACCGAGCAACUAUACGAGCGGGCCUGGUUCGCCGUCACAGAGACAUGUCUGGCCAUGACCAUCUUCCGAGGCGAACUUGGAGGCUGGUUUUUGGUAAUGUUCAUUUCGCUGCUGGUCGGCAAGGUUUGGGGCUGGAUUGGCGAAGGCCGCGUCGAGUUCCUAGAGCAGCAGCCGCCAGCUAAUCCUCGGUUGUUCCAUAUUCGCCUCGCGCUGUCUCUCGUGCUGACAGUGCUGUUCAACUCCUUCAUGUUGCGGUACUGUGUGCAAACCGUAAUUACGCAGGCACGGCCGGAUAUGAUGGUGAUGUUUGGAUUCGAAUUCGCCAUUUUGGCGAUCCUCUCGACUUCUACCCUCCUGCGAUAUGGUAUCGCGUUGACCGAGAUCUCCAUAACCCACCAGCAAAUAAAGGCCAAGAUGCAGGAACGUCGGGACGAGAUACGUGUUGCGCGUGUCGAGGCCAUUCGAGAACAUGCCCGCGCCGGAGCUACCUCCCCUCCUGACAAUCUGCCCGACGAAAACGAUAUCGAUGAGAUGGAGAUUGACGUCCCCGGGUGGGAGGAGAAGGGUCGUUGGGUCUUCUACCUGGACCUUUUGACCGAUUUGUUGAAACUCGUGAUUUAUUUGAGCUUCUUCGGUAUCCUUCUCACUUUCUAUGGCCUUCCCAUCCACAUUCUGCGGGACGUUGUUGUGACCAUCCGCUCGUUCGCCCGUCGCAUUAUGGACUUCAUGCGUUACCGAAAUGCGACAAGGGAUAUGCACCAAAGGUAUCCGGAUGCGACGCGAGAAGAAGUCUCCCGGGAAGAUGUGUGUAUCAUCUGUCGUGAGGAGAUGAUUCCAGUUCAGCCAAUGGAACCGCAACCGGCCGCUAAUGCUACUGGAGAGCCUGCACAACAGCCGGCCGCUGGAAGACAGCGGGUUCCUGACCGCCUGCGUCCAAAGAAGCUCCCAUGUGGCCAUAUCUUGCACUUUUCGUGCCUCCGAAGCUGGCUUGAGAGGCAACAAAACUGCCCUACAUGCCGACGUCCUGUCAUAGCGCCCACUCGAACUCGAGGAGCUGCCGGGGUUGGAGCUGACAACGCACGCGGAGGUCAGAAUGGUGGCAUCCAGCCAGGUCAACAAGGUCCAGAUGCACAACCACGUGCUCGAGUCUAUCAGUUUGGGCCCUUCCGUGUCGGCUUUGGAGCUGUUCGUGGAGAUUUGUUCAACAAUCUUCAUCCACAGGGUGACCAACGUAACGUACCACAGCCUGGGGCAAACCCACCUGUGAAUGUGCCUGGAGGACAAAUUGGCUUUGGAUUUGGGUUCGGACGCCGUCCCCAAGCCCCCACCCCUGCUCCUGCCCCACAAGCUGCGCCCCCGGGGGGAUCUAUCACUGCUGAAAUCAACGACCAAUUACUGCACAUUGAGCAACGGCUCAAUCAAGAGAUCGCCACUCUUCGAGCUGCUACAGAGCAUCUAAAUCGUGUUCGCCAGCUUCGGGUGGAAUUGGAGCGGCUGCUUGCUCAAGCAAGGGCUGCAAACCAAGAAGCUGCGGGCCAACAAGGUGGCGUUCAACCAGGCCCGCCUCCCAACGUGCUCCCAGGAUCUGCGGUCUUCGCAGCUGGUCACCGGUAUGGCGCAAACUCGGGCACUGAUGUUUUAAACUCUGGAGAUCCUCGUCUACCUGAGGGGCUCACUCUUCCCCCUGGUUGGACCCUCCUCCCUCUUCAGCGCGUAGACAAUGGUGCCAACGGUAUGGCACAAACAGUACAGCGCACGCCUACCACUACAGUGACAUCACCAGCUGCGCCAGCCGUGGCUAGUGCUGUAAAUUUCCAGUCCCCCUCAUUCCCCGUGCCUGUUCAGGAUCAAACGAGCGGGAACGUCGGGGUAAAUGCACAUGGCACCACCGAUGCUGAAACCUCUCCUGUAAAUGGAGCCUCUAGUCCACCGGUAUUGCCCACCAUCCCUUCGGCAGAUCAUCGUGCAGAAUCCCCGUCUCAAGAAUGGACCGACGUUGCUCCUGGAGAGUCUUUUGAGACCAGGCCAGCUGCCUCCAUUCCUACUACAUGGGGUAGCAAUCGAGAAUCUGCAAAUAAUGCCUCUGGCCAAGCUGAGACUCACCCUGAAUCCACAUCUGACGGCAAAGGCCGGACCGCAUCAGUUGAAGAACCCCCCGAUGAAGAAACUUGA